AUGAGGAUGUGCAAGGCCCCUGAGCUGCUGAAGAAGGCGGCAACUGUGUUCAAGAGCAAGACUGACACCCUAAUAACAAAGCUCUUCGUCCUAGCCUUGCUCCGCUUCAAGAUGGCAACGGUCCGGACGAUCUCUCGCAGGAUACAUGCGCUGAUGUCAUCAGACAGGGAGAAUCAGACCAGGUUGGAGUAUGGUGACAGGGCGCUUGUCUUGCGCAAGGUGGCAGCGGGCAUCCAAGAGCCAGCUACUACUGAUCAUGAACAAGAUGGUGUGAUUGAUCUCUCUGAGGUGGCGAUGUUUGUAGAAGAUGAUCACGAUCACUGCCCUGACUGGACACACUCAUUGUUAACUCUGGGCGUUCGGGUUACCCGAAUAAUUCGGGUUGGGUAG